AUGAACCUACUCUCCUUUCCUGACGAUGUAUUUAUUUUGAUCGUUGAGCGUUUGGUAGCUACUAUUGGCAUCUGCAAGGCUGUUCAACUUCGAUCGGUAAACAGUAAGUUCCCUUCACUUAAGAGGGGAAAGCAGAAGAGUCCCAUGGCAUUCUUGGAUGUAGCAAAAUCUGACGCAACCAUCACUUUAGGAUCCUUCAACUCUACUGUAAUGCUCGCUAUCUGCGGCAGUCAAGUUAUCGACAUUAAUGACCCAGCUACACCAUAUUUAUCUCGGCACAUGACGCCACCACUAAAAGGAAAGAUCCUUUUAGCAAAAUCACGUUCCAGUGAGGUGACGGAGGAUGAUCGUCUAUCCGUUAUCGCCAGUGUCAAUCAGGCACUAGAUGGUCUGACCCAUGCAAGUGAGGAGCGCCGGCUUGAACAGCACCAGAUGAUUGCCGAGGCGGUUGCUCACAAGUAUCGGGGCUCUCCAUUUGAAAGAGAGAACGCAAACCGAGAUAUCAGUGUCGAUAUCGAGGCACAAAAUCUCUUAUGCGGUGCUAUCGUACUCGGCAAUAUGCGUUUAGUCAAUUAUCUGCUACAACAGAGGCCCUGUGCUUUGGCCGCUGUUAAUACAGAAAGCCCCUAUUUUGGUCAACCGUUGCAACUUGCUGCUGCCUGGGAUCACAUUGACGUCGUCCGCUAUCUCUUAGCCUGCGGUGCUGAUCCUCACAGGACCAGCGAGGAUAGCGAGGAUGGCACUAACUGGGUACCAGACAUGAAACUAGGUAUGGCGUGGGGAUCUGUGUAUCGAAACCCAAGCGGAAGCGCGUUGCGGGCUGCUGUCCUUACAGGCCAUAAUGAUAUUGCCCACUUGCUUCUAGAGCCUCAGUAUCGAUUAUCUCAUGUCAAAGUCGAGUACUUUCGAGCGGUUCUAACUGCAGCCCAAACGGGCAAUCUUCAUCUUAUCGAGCUCCUUAUCAAGAUGACGGGUAAAACCCUGUCCAACUUUUCCGGGUUAGGACAGGAAAUGCUGUAUGUAGCGGCCUACUAUGGCCAGCAAGAAGUGGUGCGGAUGCUUCUAGAGAGUGGUGUUAGCGGAGUGGACGUCAGUGAAAUUCCAUCUAAAGACGUAGGCCACGAAGGUGCGCUAAGUUUGGCUGCCCAACGAGGAAAUGCUACUAUGGUAAGUUUCCUACUCGCUCAUGGAGCAGAAGUGAACUUUUCACUUUACAACCAAUCUCGUCACGACCCUAUUCACGCUGCUGCCAUCCGUGGACACCAAGAAGUAGUUGAAAUUCUGCUUGAACAUGGAGAUAGCUCUGAGAGAGCGCUCCGAAAUGCCGCGGAUGGAGGACAGCUACAUCUAGUAAAGUGGCUAUUGAACAAAGAUCCGAAGUUGCCCAGGAAGACAUGGCCUGAUGGACGCGAAGUUGGAAAGGAGGCACUACAACGAGCCAUUGUAGUAAAGAGUCCAGAAGUAAUCACCCUUUUAGUCAAUAGUGGCGUUCCGCUCAACGAUGGUUAUGAGGACUGGGAAAUCCCAAUAGUCUGGGCAAAACAGCUUGCGGCGGAUUGGAUAGUUAAUCUUCUGCUCGCUCUUGGUGCAGAGAACAGAGAUGUCGAUGAAGAUACCCCGGAGGAUGUUCCCCAGAAUCAUUGGGAAGGAAUGCGGAGAGGAGGGGUGCGGUUAACUCAGCGGACGUGGGAAUGGGCGAGCAAGUAUUGA